AUGGCAAAAGACUUAAAAAUGCCUGUUGUUAAAGAUCUGAUAAAAGUUCAUUACAAUGGAAUUGACAAGAAAAUUUGGUUAUUUUUGCUGGAAUACAAAUUUGGAGAAUUUGGAAACUAUUCACUCUUGGUAAAGCACACCCAUAAUGCAGUCAAUGAAAUUGCUUGUGACAUCGUUGUCAACAAGAAUCCAAUUGACAGUAACCUUCACUUAGAUAAAAAAAAGCAUGUAGACCUGAAGAUGGACCAGGCUUUGCUGCUCAUCCACAAUGAACUACAUGGAACAAACCUGACUGUCUUCUGGAAUUCCGAAUGCUGCUAUCACGAGAGAAGCUGCUUUUCCCUUCGAGACAUCAUCUUCAGCUGGCCCCAGUGGCUCUUCAUUCUGAUGCUGGAAAGCAUUUGGCUGGGCUUGACAUUCUUCUUGCCUGUUCCUGGAUGUCCUACUGGUUAUCUCGGCCCUGGUGGCAUUGGAGAUUUGGGGAAGUAUCCAAAUUGUACCGGAGGAGCUGCUGGCUACAUUGACCGCCUGCUUCUGGGUGAUGACCACAUUUACCAGCAUCCUUCUUCGGCUGUGCUUUAUCACACUGAGGUGGCCUAUGAUCCAGAGGGAAUUUUAGGGACCAUCAACUCCAUUGUGAUGGCAUUUUUAGGAAUUCAGGCAGGAAAAAUACUCUUAUAUUACAAGGAUCAGACCAAAGACAUUCUGAUCAGGUUCACUGCCUGGUGUUGUUUUCUGGGGCUUAUUUCUGUUGCUUUGACGAAAAUUUCUGAAAAUGAAGGCUUUAUUCCAAUAAACAAAAAUCUGUGGUCCAUUUCGUAUGUCACCACACUGAGCUCCUUUGCCUUCUUCAUCCUGCUUAUCCUAUACCCCAUUGUAGAUGUGAAGAGACUGUGGACGGGAACCCCAUUCUUCUACCCAGGAAUGAACUCUAUUCUAGUGUACGUUGGCCACGAGGUGUUUGAGAACUACUUCCCCUUUCAGUGGAAGCUGCAGGACAACCAGUCACACAAAGAGCAUCUAACUCAGAACAUAGUCGCCACUGCUAUUUGGGUGCUCAUUGCCUACAUUCUCUAUAAAAAGAAGAUUUUUUGGAAAAUCUGACAGCUCCAGCUGAAAUGUGUUGCUGGCAGACUCUAGUGGGCCUGGGGGGAGUGCUGAAGCAGCCUUUAUUAAAGGGAACCAUGAAUUAUAAAAUCAGUAGGAUGCGUAUUUCCCAAUGAUUGGGGAACAUGCUGAUGCGCUCUGGCUGGUGUACUAUGACGUGGCUGUUCAUCAGAACUCUGUGUCUUUGAGACUUAGAUGUUUGGAAUAUAAUUGUCUUUUUUCUCCACCUUCUAUGUAAAUGGAUAUAUUUAGAACUUCAUUUUAAGGAUUCCUCAUUUAACUCUUCAAAAGGAAACUGCCAUGGGCAUUUUCCUUCUGUGACGGAUAAAACAAUCUAAAGUCUAAUUUUUAUUGA